ACGUGACUCUUAGAAACUGUAUUUAACAUUUGAGAGUUGUAUUGGAGUAAUGUUUUCAAAAUACUUAUGCUUGUGGUCUAUUAUAUGAAUCGAGGAUAAACAUGUCGGCUGUUUUUUUUAAGUUAAUGUCAAAUAAACUGACACAUGAGAAGUAAUGAGUAAUUAGAUUGAUAGUAAUUAGUAAUUAUCAAAAUCUUAUUACAACAAACGUUUUCUUAUGUGAGAAAGGACUUUAUUACCAGAAUGUUAUAAAGUUGCUUAUAACUAUCGCCCACAAAACUUAAUUAAAGCACGCAGUCUAUGUACUGAAAAUAUAUCAUAGCAAUUCAGAAUGAUGAGAAAAAUAGGCAUUGCGGCGUUUUUGUAUGUUACAUUUCUGUGCUGUGUUACCGGGGCUAGUUUAAAUGACACAAAGACUUUGUUACGGGACUUGCUUAACAAUUACAACAAAAACGUGCGACCUGUACACAAUCAGAGUGAAAUUGUUAAUGUCACUGUUCAGCUAUACGCCAAGUCAAUUCAGGAGUUCAAUGAAGUCAGCGAAGUAUUCUCCGUUGUGGCUGGUUUUUCGAUAAGCUGGAAGGAUGAAAGUAUGACAUGGAACCCAGCGAAUUACGGAGGCGCGUCUAAAAUAAUGACUUCAUAUGAUGACGUGUGGGUGCCAGAACUUAUCCUGACGUCGCCGUCAGACGACGUCGAGAGCCUUGGGGCGGCAUGGAAUCGCAUAAGGUAUUAUGCCGAUGGAACCGCUAGUUGGAUCCCGGUAGUAUUAGCAAAGUCCACGUGCACUGUCGACGUCGAAAUCUACCCCUUUGAUACACAGACGUGCACGCUCUCAUAUAAUGCUAUGGGGUACGAGCUUGGUGAAGUAUUCAUACUACCAGCGACGGAAGCAGUUGACAUUACAUUAUUUUCAGAGCACCCUAUGUGGGACCUGGUCGACACCGCAGCAAAGUCCGAAUCGUUUGGGUAUAGUUGGCAAGUGAGUUUUACUUUCAAACUCAAAAGAAGACCGGCAUAUGUCUUCGUGAAUGUGGUAUUACCUAUUUUGUUCCUGAGCGUCCUGAAUCUGUUGGUGUUCCUUUUGGUGCCGGAGUCCGGCGAGCGGGUUUCAUACUGUAUUACCGUUCUCCUUUCUAUCGCGGUCUUCAUGACCAUUGUCAGCGCUAUGUUACCCAGGACCUCGAAACCCGUUCCGAUCGUUUCCUACAAACUUAUCAUAGAUAUGGUUAUAAGUGCGGCGAUUACCGUUGUGGUCAUUCUUAACCUUCGUAUCUACAGCAAGGAUCCAGAAAUUCCCGUUCCUAACUGUCUGAUUGGUAUUUACCGGUUUUGGACAUGCGCCGUUUGUCGAAAGCGAAAAAUAGAACCCUUAUGGAUGAGAAAGUUAUUUAGGAAAACAUCAAAAGCAACCAGAUUACAGACGGUGAAAACUAUUUCUGAAGCUAAAAAUGAGAAUGAUAUUAAGAGACAACUGUCAGAAUUAAUUGAUGAAGAACAGAUAACGUGGAAGAAAAUAAGCUACAUGGUCGACGGGGGUGCUCUCUGGUUGUUUGGUCUUGCAACAUUUUGCAGUUUCGCUGUUUUCCUUGCUAUUGUUACAAGUCGCGGCUAGUAAACAACAGCAUGUUGCCCACCUGUGUUAACGUGGUUAUAUAAUAAGUAUUUAAGAAGCAGCAAAUGCUUGUAAUUUGUCCCCACGGAGUUUCAUGGCAUCGGUAAUUAAUCUGGCAACAUUGUUAAUGACUAUAUUACUUUGAAAAGAGAGUUAAUUUUUAAAUUGCACUAAUUUGGCCAGUUCGAGUACAAUAUUUUCGGAGAUCUUUAUAGAUUGAGCAAGUAAGAAAUAAAUUAUAAUCGGACAGCGUUUGCAUUACAUAGUCUACAUAUGCGUUGAUAUCUCAUUAUGUUAUGUACCAGUCUCUAUAUCCAAUUUAUGGGCGCUAAGUCUAACUCUUGAUAAAUUCUGUAUGUGAUUUUUUCGUAUUUAUCUAAAUAUUUUUCAUUCGCGAAUUUAGUCUUAAACAUUCUAUAGUAUUCGAUUGUCGGUAGGUUAUAAAUUGUAUCGUGCCACAUUUGAAUACGUUGGUGUUUUAAUCUUUGGCAUAUUUCAUUACACUAAUUAAAAUGAUUGAAUAACAUGUCGUGUCGUAGUUGUUCUUAUUGUUUUGGUUUUGAAGUUUGAGAGUUGUAUUGGAGAAAUGUUUUCAAAAUACGUAUGCUUGUGAUCUAUUAUAUGAAUCGAGGAUAAACACGUCGGCUGGUUUUUAAAAGUUAAUGUCAAAUAAACUGACACAUAAGGAGUAAUGAGUAAUUAGAUUGAUAGUAAUUUGUAAUUAUCAACAUUUAUUACAAUAAACGUUUUCUUAUGUGAGCAAGGACUUACUUACCAGAAUGUUAUAACGUUGCUUAAAACUAUCGCCAGCAAAACAUUAU